UGGCUGCGGGAAAAGGCAGAGUGUUUGAGAAAUCAUCAAAUGGGAUGUUUAUCAGUCUCUAACAGGAUGCACUGCAGCCCGAAUGAAGGAGUGGUUAAUGUGUCAGCUUCCCCGGCUCAAUAUUGUCUAGCUCACCAGUUGUCUCCAGGUCACCUGCUUGCUGCUCAUCCGUUUACUGCUCUGACAUUGUGGAAUUCAUUAGCAGCUAGUCGUUAGCAACCAGCGCUAACCCACUAGCAACCAGCUAGCAGGUAUCCGUGGAAAUCAGGAAUAACUGUUGAGAGUCCUACAAAUAACAAAAGCCCAGAGAACGUCCUGACUGGCUAUGGAGUGGUGUUGGCUUCAGACUGGAUGACAGCGUGGACGGGGCGGACAGGGUCGCAUACAUUCUAAAGCAGCAGCGCUUCUCCUAGGCGUGAACUGACUGGCAGUGACAGCUCGUUUGCAGCAGACCUCCCUUCCCUCCUUCUCUCUGUUCGGAUACACUCUCCCUCCCCUUCCUCCCCCUCUACCCCUGUAUCCCUCUCUUCCUUCCCACAUCUUUUCCUUUCCUCUACUUUUUUCCUUCUCUUGCUACGAUAGUCCGAUCAUUUUUUUAUUUUUACUGGAACUCAGUUUCUCGUCUUAAUAGUUAUUGUGACUCUUACUGAGUCUAGUAUGAGCUGGCUGAGCAGGUUGAACCCGCGGGGUCCUGGGAGUCGGACGGGCCGCAGUGCCGCCCCUUCAAGCCCUUGCACCGCCGACCCGGAGACCUGCCUCAUGGUGUUUGAGAACCACUGGCGACAGGUCUCGUGGGUGUUGGAGCAACAGGAUCCUACCUCCUCCAGCGAUGACCUGACAGCAGUGAGGAAUCACACCGACCAGAUGUUAUGUCUGCUGGCAGAGGAGCGGCCCGCUGAGAGCCCAGAGGGCGUUGUCGGCUUGGCACCCAUGGGCCCCAUCCUGGAGCUGGUGGUCACCGAGAAUAUUCUGGAGUCUCUGGUUCAGUGGCACCUCCGCCGCGGCCUGGACCCAGACAGCCAGGGGGCGCUGCUCAAGCUGUUUGAGAUGCUCAUCGGCCAGUCCCAGCAGCCUCUGCUGCAGCACACGGCCGUCCUCCACCCCCUGCUGAGGCUGCUGGGAGCUUGUGCUGACCCAGAAUUAGGUUGUCCUUUAGCUCUGGAAAACAGCCUGGUGCUGCUGCUCAACCAGAUCUGUGUGUCCAUGGCCCGGCAGCCUGUGGUUCUGGAGAUGUUGUUCCGGGCGGCACCAGCUCAGCAGGGCUCCACCAACCUGCUGAUCUUCUCCCUCCUCGUUCCCUUCAUCCACCGGGACGGAGCCAUUGGACAGCAGGCCCGGGACGCGCUGCUGCUGGUCAUGGCAGCGUCGGCCAGCCACGAGGCGGUGGCACGCUACAUUUCUGAGAACUCCUACUUCUGCCCAGUGCUGGCGACGGGCCUCAGCGCUCUCUACUCCUCUCUGCCCAGGAAGAUUGAGGUCCGAGGAGACGACUGGCAUGCCCUGCGGCGGGAGGACUGGAUGGGCGUGUCAUCACUCGUGCUUUUCAUGAACUCGCUGGAGUUCUGCAACGCGGUGGUGCAGGUGGCUCACCCCCUGGUCCGCUCCCAGCUGCUGGACUACCUCCACAACGGCUUCCUCGUACCCGUCAUGGGCCCCGCGCUGCAUAAGUCGUCGGUGGACGAGAUGAUUGCCAGCACCGCCUACCUGGACCUGUUCCUGCGCAGCGUGUCCGAGACAUCCCUCCUCAAAACCUUCCUGCGCUUCAUCCUGCUGCAUUGCCACGACAACGACACCAUCCUGGACACACUGCUCACACGCAUCAGCAGCAACUCAAGGCUCUGUAUGGUAUCGUUGAGCCUCUUCAGGACUCUUCUGUCUCUGAACUGUGAGGACGUCAUGCUGCAGCUCAUUCUCAGGUAUCUACUGCCCUGUACACAUGUAAUGCUGAGUCAGCGUCGUGCCAUCAGGGAGACUGACCUGUACGGAAAGUCAGCAGACAAGUUCCUGUCGCUGAUCCCAGAGUGCUGCCGGCUGAACCCAGCGACCACUGCUGAGCGGGACGAGGACAGUGCAUCAUGGGCCAAAGCAAUGAACAGUCCCAGCAUAGAGUCUCCAGUCCCGCCCAGACCCAGCACACCGUCCCGCUUAGCCUUCUUCAUGCGCCAACAGAGCAGCGGAGGUGGAUCAGGAGGAGGGGGUUCCUCUACCCCCACCAGCGUGGAGCCUCCACAGUCGGGUCCUUCUGGCUCACAUCCCCUGUCCCCUGAGAGCCCGAUGCACCAGCAGCAGACCAACACAGACUGCCUGGACUGGGACUCGGGUUACCUGGAGUACCUCAAAGACUCGCGGCGAGGCAUCGAGUUCUGUUCCUGGGCCUGCCGUGACUGGUCGGCGCCCUAUGAUGGAGAAAACCCCUCCCCAAACACAGCCCCUCCACCCCCACCUCCCCCUACCGCCAACCCCUCCAUGGCCAUGUACCCGGAGCAUUUCUCUCUCCAGCAGAGAGGAGGCAGUAACACCCCUCCAGGCCAGCAGAGGGCGGCCAUUGUGGCAGCAGCGAGAUCCGAGUGGAGCAGCUCAGAGCGGGACAGCGGUGAGUGGGACGUUACGAUCGGCAAAAACAACUGCAUCAGCCUCACACCUCGCUCCAAGAAACGCAGCCUGCAGAGAGAGGAGCUCCUGCCCAAGCCUAUACCUCAACUCGUCCCCUCCUCCUCCUCUUCAGCCACCCCUUUAUUGACUUCCCACCCCGCCUCGUCCCCAGCACCUCACAAUCCCACCUCCACCAUCACUGUUAGCUACCAGGCCAUGUUUAAUGGGACAUCGGGCCAGGGGGAUGGGUGCUCAGACAAUCGAGACCGAGGACUGGAGGUGAAGAAGGUGAAGAGGGACUUAGGGGAGCAGCAGUAUUUGGAUGAAAACGCAAAUCAAAAUGGAUCCCUUGUCACCUGCUCCUCCCAAAGCUGCACCGCUCUCCCACAGACUAUUUUUAGUAACAGUGAAAUGAGUGAUGCAGAAUCGCUUUGUCCUAAACAGAUUUCCUCUCAAAGCCCCGUCACCCAGCCGACUCCUGACACCAAACUGCUGACCGGCGACACCUCAAACCCCCACAGUGCAUCAUCAGAUCUUGUAGAAAGCAACCAGACGCAACAGUCUGUAGAAAGUCUCAUCAAGGAGCUGCUGGAGCAGGCGCCAGGGGAACCGCAGCUCCCCGGAGACUCCAAUGGUCAGGGCAUCAGCAUCGAGGCCUUCACACAGGAGCUGAGGGAGCUGGAGGACCGGGUGAAGGAGCGCAGCAGAGCAGCCUGCCUGCCGGAGGAAACUGCCGGAGACUCUGUGUCUUCUGAGCAGCCGGAGGAGGAACAAUCCUCAGGCCUGGAGGUGAAGCUGACGGUUGACGCAAAAGGAGACGGGCCUGUGCCGGGCCUCUGCAGUCCUGCUAGACCACUAAAUCAACCUGCCUUUCAGCCAUACACAGGUCCGUUCAUGGUGGUUCUGUUUGCCAAGCUUGAGAACAUGCUCCAAAACUCGCUGUACGUCAACAUCCUGCUGACGGGCAUCGUGGCCCAGCUGGCCUGCUAUCCUCAGCCGCUCCUACGCUCCUUCCUGCUCAACACCAACAUGGUCUUCCAGCCCAGCGUCAAGUCCCUGAUCCAGGUUCUCGGCUCUGUGAAGAACCGUAUCGAGGCGUUUGCAGCCUCUCAUGAGGACUUCCCUGCCAUGCUGAGAAAAGCCCAGCAGUACCUGGUGGCCCGAGGCAAAGUGGACUGGACUGACUCGCCUGCAGCAGUUCCAACCCUGAGGCGCUCUGAUUCAUUAGUGAAGAGUCGUAAGCCAUCUCUGGGAGACCUGAUCCUUCGCCACACCAACAGCCCGACCCGGGCUCGGCACGCCGCCCAGCUGGCCCUCGCACACGUACGGGAUGGCAGCCAAUCACUGCACAGCGCUCUGUUCAAAGGAGGUGGAGGCGGAGGGGCGUCUGGCCUGGAGAAGCAAGCUGAGGCACUGCGAGUGAAGAACGCUGUGUACUGUGCCGUCAUCUUUUGUGAGUUCCUCAAAGAGCUAGCUGCCCUGGCUCAAGAGCACGCAGUCACUCUGCCUUUCCCCCAAAGCCAGGACACGGAGGAAUAGAAGGCGAACUCUUACUUUUCAGAUUUAGCUCUCUUUUUCGUUUGGAGUAGGCUGUAAAAGAGUUAUACAUGACUCUCCCCUCUCCAGAGGACGGACCGAAGCACUGAGACUUUUCUGUCACUGAAGUGGGUCGUCUGCAAUGACAAAAAGCAGGAUAAAAGAACUGCGUUUUUGUACCAAAAUGGUUAUAGGAUACCUAUAUGACUGGAAGAAUUUUCCUCAUCUGUAAACUUAUGAUACUGUGCAUAUCAUGUAUUAUAUUUACAUUCUAUAAAUAGAGAAUCUCAGUAAAUGCUUGAGAUUUAGAAGCUUGUACAUACACAUACCAUGUCAUGGUAUAAUGUGACACAGUAAAGCCACAGAUAAAAGAAACAGACGAACAUAUCGGUGCUAGUCUCUUUAUGUUUUAGGUUGAAAGGGUGCUUUCAGGCGGCACAGAGGAGAAGAAAGUUUUGUCCUCAACAAAAUCAUAAAAAACAAACACCAAAAAAAAAGUUUGACAGGAAGACAUUGAAAGUGUAGAUCCAUCAGUCCAUUACAAAGUGAUCGAAUCAGCUUCGGCCAUCUCUGUACGGCACAGCUUUGCUUAUGUCCUCUGAGAAGGACCGGCAAAUAGAGGAACGGUAAAUCUCCCUAACAGCAUCUCAAAAGUCCAUUCUAUUAUCUGCACUGCUGCAAGGACUGGUCAUCAACGAACGAGAUGAAAACUGGAGCACACAGGUGAGGGAGAGUGCUGCUUUCUCUCCCCUGGAGCAGCACGGCCGACACAAAUGUACUGGAAAUCUUUGGGUAAUGAAAACCAUUUUUUAAUAAUAUGUUUUAAACGUUUGUCUUUUGCGUUUGCACCAUUUUCUAGACAUAUCAACAAUAUGUGGGAGCAAGUGUGUCUGUUGUGUGCGUGCGUGUGUGUGUGUAAGGUUUAUUUGACAUAUUUUGAAUGACUCCUUUCCAAAAGGUGAGCCAACCCUUCAGGCCAUCAAUAAGCCAUUCACCUGUUGCCAUAAAGGAGGCUGUGUGAUUGGGGAGGCAGAGCUGCUUUACUAUUCAUACCUUGAGUGCAUCAUUUAGUCUUUUUAAAAGACCUAAGAGUCGGCCAGAAAAAAGGGAAGAGAUUCUUCUUCUAGGGAGCGCUAUAUAUAAUGUACUUCUAACUGACAUUUGUAAAGACCCUCUUGAGGCAUUCACUGACAUUUCUUCAAAACAUUUCUUUUUUUCGUGAGCUAAACAAGGAGCUCGUACCAAGAAAUGUAAGUUUUCCGUUUAUAAUUUCAAAAUGAACAUCCAUCUGUUCACCUUGAAAUGUAACAUGCUGCUAUUUUUUUAACACUAACACCCAUAUAAUUCUUCUCAUAGCUACCAUCGUUUCAAUUUAUUGUUCGGUACCAAGUAUAAAUGUGCAUGUGAGGAUGUGCUAGUGUUGUGAUCAGCAUUUAAUUUAUUUACUUAUUGAAGUUGCAGCCAGGCAGUGUUAGCUUUCAAAGGCGCCUCGAAAUAUAGAAUGAAUUAGUGUUAGUAGCAUUUGCCAAGACGAAAUGUUUCCCUUUUUAUUUUCUCAACAUUCAUACUUUUCAGGUUUUCCUUUUUUAUGAGAGUCUAAUUCUUUAUGUUAAAGGUCUCUCAUUUCAUGAAUCCCUUUUUUUCUGUAACUACUUGUAGGGUGAAACUAUUAGGAAAUGAAGAACCUUUACUUGUGUGACUGCUUAAUUCACAAUUGGUUUACUGCACUCUCGACUUUCAGCAGUGAAGAAGCUGCUGAAAGUUUCUGCCAUCCUGCAAAAUCUUUGAAAUUGAACAUUACAUUAUUUUUCACCUGGACAAUUUGAGGCCCUGUAAGCUUGUCAAAGCCAUAUAUAUCCAUGUUUGUAAAUGAAGUACUUUAUGAUGCUGUCACUUUUGUAUGGGAUUUCUAGACACAUUUCGUAACACCCUCCAGUUUUAAUACCAUUAGUUAAGAGUUUCUGCAUGCCAGUUAAGGCAAUUCAUAAAUAAAUAAAAGAAUAGUGAAGAUAAGUUUUCUUUGGUUUGUGUGAUAGUGCUGAGCUGAAAUGAGCUUCCAUGCAGUAGGUUUUAGUGGUAAGUGCAUCAUCCCAGAUCAGCGUUUCACACUGAAUGUUUGUUAAUUACAUUGAUAGAGAAAUAACGUCUAUAUUAUAUCCACUGCCAUCCAUCAUUCCAUCUAUUACCCAGUCAGGUAAAUGUUUCCCUUGCACAGAUUAAAACAGGAAUAGGCCAGAGGGUCUAAAUCCUCAGCGGGUUCCUCUUCGUUUACACUCGAGAUUGUUUUUUUGACUAAACUAUUUUUACAAAAGCUUCUGUUAAAUGUGUGUCAAAUGUUCUUUAUCCUACUUGGUCUGUUGGUCAGUCACAUGGUAAUUAAGUGUUUCAGUGAGUUUUCUGUUUGAAUUCAUGGACACCAAAGACGAUCUCUCUGACAACAUUGAAAGUCCGAAUGUCUCUGUUAGGAAACAACGUAAUACAAUUAAAGUAACUGUUAAAUAAAAGGGACAUAUUAUUAGACUGCAACAUUGAUAACAUUGAAAAGUGAAUUUGUGCAAAGAUAGAAUUGAUGGCCAAACCUGUGAAAAUAAGACCAAAGCUGUAAUAAAAUGUCUCAAUAGAUAUUUACCAGCUGAAGCUCUUCGGACAGGGCCAGUGUAUUUAUGAGUGUUUCAAAAAUAGGAAGCUGCAAACUCUGAGAUUUGUCCCAUUUGACUGAUUUGAUUUUGAUCAUCAUCUCCUGCCUACACUCCCUGCAGUCAUUUCAAUAUCUACUUGUAUAACAUUUGAAGACAUGAAGUGGGCUCUUUGGAACAUUUUCCAGCCAGGAAUAUUUCAUGAUGAUGACAGACUUAAAACAGCGUAAUAUAAAAAAGGCUGUUUGGUGAACAGCACAUAGGCUGUGUGCUUAAUGGGAUGGAUUACCUAACUUGAUGGAAGUUGUUUUUUACACUCCACAUGAAGGGCAGCAAAUAGCUUCCUCUGCUGGAAGAACCAGAGACCUCCAGCUGCGUAGGCUCCAGUAGGGAUUGAGGGCAGGGUGACAGCCUGUUAAAAACACAAAUGCAGGUAGUGAUAACAAUUCCUGGAAGGGGUUUUGUUUUUUGAAUAUGCAGUAAUUACGACAGCUGGAUGCUGAAGCCAACGCAGAAAUGUCUUUAACCGCAGUUCCUUUAAUGGCCACCACAAACUGUCACCAAAUACAUUUUACUGUAAUGAGGUGAAAACCAAAUUUAUGAACUCUUUAAAAAGUAGAUAAAUUGUGCUAAGUUUGUAAUGUGUUUCACUGAUUCAGCUGUGGGGGUUGCCGCUCUACUCAGACGGUUCAGGUCAAUAUAUCUUUUCAUGACUAUUAAGCAACAAAGGUGGAGGUGAGAGGUAAACCUAAAGCUGAGCUGCAGAAACUGUUGUCCUUUAGUUAUUUGUUUCCUGCUGUCUUUGUUCCAGACAGAUGUACCAGAACACUACAAUGUACGUGUCAGAUCUACAAAUAGAAUCAGAUACUUCACUGUUGUUUAGUGAAAUUCAGUGCAUGUUUUUUUUUUUUAUAUUUAGGGGUGAAAUCAUACUCUGUAAACAGCAAACCAAAGUCUUUAACUGUCAAUGAAUUUCAUUUGAAUCAGAAUUGAACUGUGCGUUGUUGUUCCUUUGCCCUAAGGUUUCCACUUUACACAUUUCAGUUUCAAAUGCACACACGGUUGUUUUAUUACUGUCAGCGCUAUUGACUGUAUGAUUAUAGACAUCGAAAAUGUAUUGGGUAUAUCCAAAGGGACACGCUUGCUGCUUAGAAUUUGUUUUCACGGCUGAUUUAUCAACACCCCAUGUAUACAUGUUCUUCAAAUAGAUUUGUGUUGACUUGCUGAUCACGAGAUGUAAAGCAUCUUCUCAGUUUUCUUUUUCUUUUAAACGCUUCAAGUUUUCAUCCCUGUUAGAUUUCCCCCCUGUGAUCUAUGCAAACAUGCUCUAGUGUCCCCCCCCCCUCUCCCCCCUGUGAGGCUGAACGAUUGAUCAAAAUGUGUAAAUACUGUAAAAAGAGGAGUGGGUCAAAAAUGGUAUGUGAAAUAUCCAACAUGACAGAAUGAAAAUCAUGCUAAAAAAUAAUGUGCUGAUGAAUGUUGUCAGAAAUAUUUUUCUAUAUUUUGAAAUCAUUAGAAAAAAGGACAAAAAUACAAAGUGGGGAAAAGCUGUCAUACGAACACUACAAAGGGAAUGUUUUUAUUAAUUUAUAAAUUCUUUGCCUAGCAAUA